AUGGCUAUGGACUUGAGGGUGGGAAAUAAGUACCGGAUAGGAAGAAAGAUCGGCUCUGGCUCUUUUGGUGAUAUUUAUCUCGGUACAAACAUUAUUAAUAACGAAGAAGUUGCCAUCAAACUUGAAUCUACGAAAGCUAAACAUCCACAAUUAGAAUAUGAAGCAAAGGUUUAUAAAACACUGGCCGGUGGUGUGGGUAUCCCGUUCGUCCGCUGGUACGGUACCGAAUGCGAUUAUAACGCAAUGGUUAUCGAUUUAUUGGGACCAUCUUUGGAGGAUUUGUUCAAUUUCUGUAAUCGUAAAUUUUCAUUGAAAACGGUACUGCUGUUGGCCGAUCAAUUGAUUUCUCGAAUUGAGUACAUUCACUCCAAAAACUUUAUUCAUCGAGAUAUUAAACCAGAUAACUUUUUGAUGGGAAUUGGUAAACGCGGUAAUCAAGUCAAUGUUAUCGAUUUCGGUUUAGCAAAAAAAUACCGCGAUCCAAAGACACACUUACACAUCCCUUAUAGAGAAAAUAAGAAUUUAACAGGUACAGCUAGAUAUGCUAGCAUCAAUACUCAUUUAGGUGUCGGUCUCAAAGCUGCUACCAAGAAACAGAAAUACGAUCGUAUCAUGGAAAAGAAAAUGACUACACCAACGGAACUGCUUUGUCGUACUUUUCCCAAUGAAUUUGCUAUCUAUUUGAAUUACACACGAUCCCUUCGAUUUGAUGACAAACCUGAUUAUAGUUAUUUGAGAAAGUUAUUCAGGGAUUUAUUUGUCCGUGAAGGCUUUCAAUAUGAUUAUGUUUUUGAUUGGACAAUUUUUAAAUAUGCAAAUGCUAAUAAAGUGCAUCCAUCAUUACCAAUGCCUGAUGAUGCAAAUGUUGUUCCUGAACAACCUGAAGAAGAUGUUAAAAUUCAGAAACACUCCACUAUGCGACAAGCCAAUAAUACCAGUAACAUGGUAACCGCACCAAGUAGUACUCGUAAACCUUCAAGUAAGCAGGUUUAUUCAAACACUGCCGGAAUUGCACGAAAUAAUACGACACCACAGCAACCCAUCGCCAGUGGGUCUUCACGGCUAACGCAAACUCCAAGGCGUAGUAACAAGGGCCAAGAUGCUAGUGCUCCAACCGUAGAAAAUAACAGAGUUAUGACUUCGGAUAGGCUGUAA